AUGAAGCAAGCAUUUAUAGAAGAAAGUUUAGCUUCACCUUCUGGAACAGAAAAAUAUGGAUCAACACACCCUCGUCAAAUUGAAUUAGCUCAAAUGGUAUUUAAAAACUUUAUUAUUGAAUUAGGUUUACCUUUGUCGAUUACUGAGAAGUCUGCAUUUAUUCAUGCUAUGUUAACUGUCGAUCCAAAGUUUCGAAUACCAUGUUGCCGAUCAAUUACCAACGAAUAUUUACCAAAAAUAUAUAAUCAAAUUAUGAAUAAAUUAAAAAAUACAUGUUUAGCAGCUGGUUUUAUAUCAUUGACAUUUGAUGGGUGUGCAGAUCGUCGUGUCCGUGCUUUUUAUGCUAUUACAAUGCAUUAUGUUGACCAAACAGGACAACUAAGAGCUCAUCUACUUGCUUUCAAUCAUAUUUCUGGUAGUCAUACUGGUGAAAAUUUAUUUAUGGAAUAUGACCGUGUUUCAACAAGUUUUUCAAUCGGAGGUAAAAUCGUUCGACUCAUCACUGAUAAUGCACCGAAUUAG